AUGAAUAAUUUUAAAACAGGAGUCAAGGUAUGUUUCUAUAUUAAAGAGAUAGUUUGGGAAAAUCAAAGUACUCAAUGUGGCAGAGAAACCAUCUGUAGCCAGGUCGAUUGCAAACGUGCUUGCUCGUGAUCAUACAGUAGAAGAAACUUAAUCUCCAUAUAACAAAUUAUUCAAAUUCAAUUAUAAGUUUGGAGAUUAGGAAGCUGAGAUGUGGAUUACAUCUGUUACAGGGCAUUUAAAGAGUUUGAGAUACCCAAAGAAAUAUUAGAAAUGGGAUCAAUGGGAUCCUCUCAUUAUAUUAAAAGAUGCAGAAAUUGAAAAUAUAAUUCCUAAUGAUAAGAGUAUUGUAAGAUACUAAAAAUAGGAUUUUUGGAAGGGAAUUUAUAAGCAUUUGCAAAGGAAUGUAGUCAAUUAAUUCUGUGGUUAGAUUGCGAUAGAGAAGGUGAAAAUAUUGCAUUUGAAGUUCUGGAGGUUUGCAAAGAUUCAAAUCCAUAAAUUUAAGUAUACAGAGCUCAUUUUUCAGCAGUCACUUAUGUUGAUAUUAAGAAAGUAGAUUAUAAUCAUAAUAUAAUAUUAUAGGCUUUAGAUAAUUUAAAAUAGCCAGAUGCAAAUUUAUCUAAUUCUGUACUUGCUAGAUAAGAAAUAGAUCUUAGAAUAGGAGCAUCAUUUACUAGAUUUCAAACUCUGUUAUUAUAAUAGCAAUUUAAUUUAUCAUCUAUUAUUAGUUAUGGUCCAUGUUAAAUUCCUACAUUAGGAUUUGUUGUAUAAAGAUAAAAAGAGAUUGAUUCAUUUGUGAAAGAAAAGUUUUGGUUUAUAUAAUGUGAAGAUUAAACUGGAUGUGUAUUUAAUUGGAGUAGAGGGAAUAUUUUUGAUGAAAUGAUUGUAUUAAUAUUAUUUGAAAGAUGUUUUACAGAAUAAGCAAAGAUAAUUGAUGUUUAAUAAAAAGAAGUUUAAAAAUGGAAACCUUAUCCUUUAUCAACUAUUGAAUUUGAAAAAUUGGCUUCAAAAAAAUUAAAAAUAUCUGCUCAUAAAGCUAUGGAAUUAGCUGAGAAAUUAUAUAAUAGAGGUUUUAUUAGUUAUCCAAGAACUGAAACCAAUAAAUUUCCACCAACUAUUAACUUAUAAAAUAUUAUUAGAGAUCAAAUUAAUCAUCCUGUAUGGGGAGAAUUUGCAUAAAGUUUAAUUAAUCAUAACUUUGAUUAACCAAGAGCUGGUAAUAAAGAUGAUAAAGCUCAUCCUCCUAUACAUCCUGUUAAAAUGAUGCGUUAAUCAGAUGCAUAAACAGAAUAAGAAUGGGAAAUUUAUUAAUUAAUUACAAGACAUUUCUUAGCAUGUUGUUCUAAAAAUGCUAAAGGGUCUGAAACUACACUUAAUCUAUAAGUAUAAGAAGAAUCCUUUUAUAAACAAGGCUUGGUUAUAAUUGAAAAAAAUUAUUUAGAAAUUUAUCCUUAUGAUGAAUGGUCAUAAUCUUAAGUUCCAAAUUAUAACAAAGGAGAUAUGGUUUAAAUUAAAUUAAAGAUUCAAAAUGGUAAAACAUCUCCUCCUAAGCCUUUGACUGAAUCUGAAUUAAUUGGUAUGAUGGAUAAAAAUGGUAUAGGAACUGAUGCUACUAUUCAUGAACAUAUUAAUACUAUUUAAGAAAGAGAAUAUGCAAUUAAAAAAGGUUAAACUAUAAAACCAACUAAACUUGGGUUAGCAUUAGUUGAAUCCUAUGAAAUACUAGGCUUUACAUUGCAUUAACCACACCUAAGAGCUGUUAUGGAAUAAAGAAUGAAUGAAGUAGCUUAGGGAACAAAAUAAAAAAAAGAAAUAGUAGAAGCAACAAUUACUGAAAUGAGUGUAAUUCUAAAAGAACUUUAAGGAAAAAGAAAUUAAAUAUUAUCUACAUUUGGUUAGUAUAUAGAAGCAUUAAAAGAUUAUGAUGAAAAUAAUGAUGAUGAUAAUACAUAAAAUAGAGACUUAAAUUAAUAAUAAAAUUCAUAAUAAAAAAAAAAUAAAAAAAUACCAAAAAAAUAACAACAAUAAUAGCAAUAACAAUAGUAAUAAUAGUAAUAAUAAUAAUAAUAAUAAUAAAAUUAUUCGUAAUAAUGUAAUAGAUGUGGAACAUAAUUAGUUGAAAUUAAAUAAAUCAAUGGUUAAAUUCUUGAAAUUUGUUUAAAAUGUUGUUUAGGUUAAGAAAAAUCUUAAAAUUUUAAUAGUAUAAAUAACUUUGAAUAAAAAUCUUAAAAUAAUACUACUUCUAACUUUCAAUCAAAAUCUUUUAAAACAUCCAAUAAUGAAGAAACUUUCUAAUGCAAUUAGUGUAAAAAUUAAAUGAAAAUUAGAUAAUCUAAAUUAAAGAAUUCUUAUUUUUUUGGUUGCCUUGGUUAUCCUUAAUGCAAUUAAGCAAUAUUCUUACCUGAUUAUAUUAAAUCUAUAUAGAGGAUAGAUAAAAAAUGUAAAAAAUGUAAUUCCAAUUUAUUUCAAACUGAAUAUUCUGAAAAUUCAACUUUAUAAUAAUAAAAAUCUCAAUCACUAUGUCUAUAUCCUGAAUGUUCUGAAGGUUUGAAGACUGAAUGGAAAAAUCAAAAUAGAGAAUCAUAAUAAACAAAUAUAAAUAAUUCAAAAUCAAAAUAGGGCUUCUUAAUGAGAAAAAUAUAAUGCAAGAAAUGCAAUUAGUUUGGACAUUAUGAAGAAGUAUGUAAUAUUAGUACUAAAACAAUAAUUUCUUAAGUAGAUUCUAAUUAAGAAGAAAAAAAAGAUAAACUCUGUCCUUCAUGUGGUGUCAUAGGAAGGCAUCCUAAAGGUUCCAUGUGUCCUAUGAAAAAGGUUAAGAAGAAAAAUUAAUGA